UAAUUAUGUGACAAGUUUAGUUAAUAAUGGGUGGCAAAAGUUAUUACUGUGAUUACUGCUGUUGCUUCAUGAAGAACGAUUUGAAUGUGCGCAAAUUACACAAUUCGGGCAUUUCGCACACAGCUGCAAAAGCAACUUACAUGCGGCAAUUUGAGGAUCCACGUAAAAUAUUGGCAGCGGAGCGCAAGAAAAAACCAUGCAAACGUUAUUUUGCCGGCUACUGUAAAUUUCAAUUAUUCUGCAAUUUUCGCCACUACAGCGAUAAACAAAUGAAGCAGCUGGAAAAAAUUGUAAAUCAACUGAAGAAAAAUCGCUUAAAAAAGAAGAACAAUCCACAGCAGGCUAAGCACAAUUUGCCAGCCUCACUGCAACCCCCAAAUCUAUCUAAACUGAUGCAAUCAAAUUGGCAUUUGAGUUGGGGUUAAACAAUAUAUAAAAAAAAAACACUUUGUAG